CUUGACCGCACCAACGACCCGUGUGGUACCAAUCGUUGUACGGCGCGCUUAUAGUACCAUCUGUAUACCGUUAGUUAACAAGUCAGUGAAAAGUUUAAAUUUUGGAAAAUCCUGUUUAUACGAGAAAGGCUGGAAGGAAACUUAUGUGUUGGCUUUGACUGUUUUUUUCUAUUGUUUAGCUGUUAGCUGAGAAAAAUUGGGCCUAAUGUUGAUAAGGAUAGAGGCGGCCAUAUUGGUCGCCAUCAUGGCCAUAUAUAGGAUAGAUAGUACUAGUUCAACUAAUUUAUUCACAUGUCCGAACGGAUGGGAACUCCGAGGACUGUAUUGUUAUAAAUUCUUCAAUAUUAGGCAUUCGUGGGAAAAGGCUGCGGAAUUAUGUCGGAGAUAUGGUAGUGAUCUCAUGGCAGUCGAAUCUUACGCAGAAAAUAACUUAACAGCCAAUAUAGCAAACUAUUCAGGAUCUGUAGAAAGAAGAGGAUUAGAUCAUUAUUGGUUGGGUCUAGCCUCAUUAGACGAUCUCAGAACAAACACGUUAGAAUCGGCUGCUGGCACACUCGUAUCACAAUAUUCAGGAUUUUGGUCCUUGAAACAACCAGAUCCGUCUGCUGGUGAAUGCGUUGACGUUGUAAUAACCGAAGACAGCCAAAGUUGGGAACUGACAACGUGCGAAAGCUUGCUUCCGUUUAUGUGCCGAGCUAAGGCUUGUCCAAGUGGUUCUUUUCAUUGUUCGAAUGGCAACUGUAUCAACGAAAAGUUCAAAUGUGAUAAACAAGACGAUUGCGGUGAUAAUAGUGACGAAAUUGAUUGUGCGCAAAAUUGCAAUUUCUACUUAGCAAGCAGUGGAGAUGUUGUCGAAAGUCCUUACUAUCCACAUAAAUAUGCCCCACUGACCAACUGCAAAUGGACUUUGGAAGGACCUCAAGGACACAACAUUCUUUUGCAAUUCCAAGAGUUUGAGACUGAAAAAACUUUUGAUACGGUACAAAUUUUAGUUGGAGGCAGGACAGAAGAUACCUCAGUAAACUUAGCAACCCUAUCUGGAAAACAAGAUUUAACCAACAGAUCUUUUGUAUCGGCCUCUAAUUUUAUGAUUGUCAAAUUCAGUACCGACGCUUCUGUGGAAAAGAAAGGUUUUAGAGCCUCCUGGAAGACUGAACCUCAAAUUUGUGGAGGAACUCUACGAGCUACGCCACAAGGUCAAAUCCUCAAAUCUCCUGGCUACCCUGAACAAUACCCAGGAGGAUUAGAAUGCCUUUACAUAAUCCACGCUCAAAAUGGUCGCAUUAUUACUUUGGAAAUUGACGAUUUAGAUCUUGAUGAAAGCAGAGAUUACAUUUUUGUAAGAGAUGGAGAUUCGCCAAAAAGCACACCCAUUGCCAGAUUAACUGGCAGCUUGGAAAACAACCAAAGAAUAGUGAUGUCAACCCACAGUCAGCUUUACGUUUACUUCAAGACCAGCUUGGGAGAUUCUAAAAGAGGCUUCAGGAUAAGGUAUACUCAAGGUUGUAAAGCAACAAUAAUUGCAAGAAAUGGCACGAUAACCUCUCCAGCUUUUGGAUUGGAAAAUUAUCCAAGCAACCAAGAAUGCCUAUAUAAAAUCAGAAACCCUGUUGGAGGGCCUUUAUCAUUAAAUUUCAACGAUUUUGAUGUGGACAAGUCAGAUUUUGUGCAAAUAUUUGACGGUUCAACCACUAGUGGGCUUAGGUUGCAUCCUGGAAAUGGUUUCACUGAAUCUGCAAGACCAAAAAUUACUCUUACAGCUUCCAGUGGCGAAAUGCUGGUUAGAUUUAGCAGUGACGCUUUACACAGUAAAGCUGGAUGGGAAGCAACAUUUUCCGCAGAUUGUCCACAACUUCAGCCAGGAGUUGGAGCUAUGGCUUCAAGCAGAGACACCGCUUUCGGAACUAUUAUUACCUUCAGUUGUCCGGCAGGUCAAGAAUUCGCUACAGGAAGGAGUCGAUUGACCACGCAAUGUUUACCUGGAGGAAACUGGUCUAUCAGUUACAUUCCGAAAUGUCAAGAAGUAUAUUGCGGACCAGUGCCUCAAAUCGAUAACGGAUUUUCAAUUGGGUCCACAAAUGUUACGUACAAAGGUCAAGCUAUGUACCAGUGCUACGCUGGAUUUGCUUUUCCUUCAAGUCAACCUAUCGAAAGAAUUUCUUGCCUUGCUGAUGGAAAAUGGGAGAAAAAACCAACUUGUCUAGCGUCUCAAUGCGCAGCUCUACCAGAAGUACCACACGCCAACAUGACCAUUCUAAACGGCCUUGGUCGUUCUUAUGGUACCAUCAUCCGCUACGAAUGUGAACCUGGUUAUAUUAGAAGCGGACCACCAGUUAUACUGUGCAUGAGUAAUGGUACUUGGAGUGGAGACGUUCCAGUAUGUUCUAGAGCUAGAUGUCCAGUUCUACCAGAAAUUACCAAUGGUAUCAUUACUGAUCCAUCUCGAGCCUAUUACUAUACAGAUGAAGCACGUGUACAAUGCUUUAAAGGAUUUAGGUUAAUUGGAAAUAGCAUUUUGAAAUGUGGAGACAAUCAGGAAUUUAAUAAUCCACCUAAAUGUGAGGACAUCAAUGAAUGUAUUAGCAGUCAAUGCGAUGUUGCAUCCACUGAAUGCCUUAAUAGCCCUGGAUCGUUCCAGUGCAAAUGCAGAAAAGGAUUUGCGCCAACAAAUGAAUGUAGGCCAGUAGCAGAUUUGGGACUUAUUAACGGUGGAAUUCCCGAUGAAUCAAUAAGUGUAUCAGGCAGUGAGGCUGGAUAUGACAAAACGAUGGUACGACUUAAUAAUGCAGCAGGUUGGUGCGGUAACGCGAUCGAUGGUGGUUCCAAUUGGAUCCUUUUAGACCUACGAGCUCCAACCAUUAUUCGUGGUUUCAGAACUAUGGCAGUUACCAGACUUAACGGAGAUAUCGCUUUCACUUCUGCCGUAAGAAUUCAAUACACCGAUGAUCUUACAGAUGUCUUCAAAGACUACAGGAACCCUGAUGGACUUGCCGUCGAAUUUACUAUCGAAAAACCCACAUUGAGCAUCCUUAAUUUGCCUGUACCAAUUGAAGCGCAAUAUGUUAAAUUUAAAAUUCAAGAUUAUGUGGGCGCUCCUUGUCUUAAAUUGGAAGUGAUGGGUUGUACAAGAUUAGAGUGUCAAGAUGUUAAUGAGUGUGCUCAAAAUAAUGGAGGCUGUCAGCAGAAAUGUGUUAACAGCGCUGGGGAUUUCUCUUGCUCUUGUAACAUAGGUUUUGAGCUUUAUCAACAAAAUGGUACUGCCUCUUAUUACAUAGAAUCAUCAGAGAAUGGAGUUAGAGAUGGUGAUAUUUAUCAAGUAAACAAAUCUUGUGUUCCUGUAAUGUGCCCUUCCCUUAAUGCUCCUGAAAACGGAGUAAUAUUAUCAACAAAAGAAAAAUAUCAUUUUGGAGAUUUGGUAAGAUUCCAAUGCGAUUUUGGUUAUGUAAUGUCAGGAAGCAGCUCUCUACUGUGUACUUCAACUGGUAUUUGGAAUGGUACUGUUCCAGAAUGUAAAUAUGCUCAAUGUGUUUCUCUUCCUGAUGACAAAAACGAAGGUCUAAAAGUCAAAAGAAGCGAUGAAGACAGUGUCCUGGUACCAUUCCGGGAAAAUGUAACUUUAAAUUGUGGCAGCACUGGCAGACAACUCAGAAGAACUUCUAGCUCGGGCUUCAGACAGUGCGUUUACGAUCCAAAACCUGGUUUCCCUGAUUAUUGGCUUAGCGGUGCCAUGCCUUCCUGUCCCAGAGUAGAUUGUGGAUUACCACCACCAACUCCUGGUGCAGAAUACGGUCAAUACUUGGACACUAAAUAUCAAUCAUCAUUUUUCUUUGGUUGUCAGAAUACUUUUAAGCUCGCUGGACAAAGUAGUAAGCAUGACAACGUUGUUAGGUGUCAAGCAAAUGGUGUCUGGGACUUUGGUGAUCUUCGGUGUGAAGGUCCAGUUUGCGAAGACCCUGGACGGCCAUCAGAUGGUUUCCAAGUAUCCAGAAGCUACGAGCAAGGCUCUGAAGUAGGCUUCGGUUGUAAUAGAGCAGGUUAUAUUCUCAUUAACCCACGACCAAUCACUUGCGUACGUGAUCCAGAAUGUAAAGUUGUUAAGCCUCUAGGCUUAGCUUCAGGAAGAAUUCCAGACUCUGCCAUAAAUGCUACUAGUGAACGACCAAACUACGAAGCUAAGAAUAUUAGGUUGAAUUCUGUAACUGGAUGGUGUGGAAAACAAGAAGCUUUUACUUAUGUUAGUGUUGAUUUGGGAAAAGUGUUUAGAGUCAAAGCUAUUUUGGUUAAAGGAGUUGUUACUAAUGAUAUUGUUGGGAGGCCGACGGAAAUUAGAUUCUUCUACAAACAGUCUGACAACGAAAACUAUGUAGUCUACUUCCCCAACUUUAAUUUAACCAUGCGAGAUCCGGGUAAUUAUGGUGAACUAGCCAUGAUCUCAUUGCCAAAAUACGUCCAAGCUAGAUUCGUUAUUUUGGGCAUUGUAAGCUACAUGGACAAUGCUUGCUUGAAAUUUGAACUUAUGGGCUGUGAUGAGCCAGAAAAAGAACCAUUGUUGGGUUACGAUUAUGGCUACUCGCCUUGUGUCGAUAAUGAAACGCCAGUUUUCCAGAAUUGUCCUCAACAACCAAUAGUGGUUCAAAAAGAUUCCAAUGGUGGUAUUCUACCAGUCAAUUUCACCGAACCAACUGCUGUAGAUAAUUCGGGCAGCAUCGCGAGACUUGAAGUAAAACCAGCUAGCUUCAAAACCCCGAUGUAUGUCUUUGAAGAUAUGGUUGUAAAAUAUGUAGCCUUCGAUUAUGAUGGCAAUGUGGCUAUUUGCGAAAUUAACAUCACAGUGCCAGAUAAUACCCCACCACAACUAAGCUGUCCACCAAGUUAUGUUAUAGAAUUGGUUGAUCGUCAAGAUAGUUACGCAGUUAACUUUAAUGAAACCAGAGUUAGAAUUAAUGCCACAGAUGCCUCAGGAGAAGUCCACUUAACAUUUAUACCAGAUAAAGCCACCAUAGCUAUCGGAGGUUUUGAAAACGUCACUGUUGUAGCUGCAGAUAAAUAUGGAAACAAAGCCUCUUGUCAUUAUCAAGUAUCUGUCCAAGCAACUCGUUGUGUGGACUGGGAGCUUAAACCGCCUGUUAAUGGAGCUAUUAAUUGCUUACCAGGAGAUAGAGGUUUGCAAUGUAUAGCUACAUGUAAUCCUGGUUUCAGGUUUACUGAUGGAGAACCUGUGAAGACUUUUUCAUGCAGUAAAAAUAAUCCUUGGACUCCUACUAGUGUGGUACCUGAUUGUGUAUCGGAAAAUACUCAGCAAGCAGAUUACCAUUUCACUGCAAUGAUGAACUAUAGAGCCAAUGGAGCUGUUGCUACUUCUUGUUUGAAACAAUAUACCGACCUUUUGUCCCAAUAUUACAACAAUUUAAACAAUGUUUUAUCUGAACGAUGUUCUGCAGUUAAUGUCAAGAUGAACGUUUCCAUUAUCAAUGCCGUUGCGAGUUUGGUUGAAGAAAAUGUAGUCAAAGUCGAUUACGUUAUCGAUAUUGUACCACUACUCCGUCAACCUCAGCUUUACGACCUUUGCGGUAGCACGUUGAACCUCAUGUUCGAUCUCUCGGUACCAACAGCUAAUGCAGUUAUUGAAACCCUGCUCAAUGUAUCAGCAAUUGGAAAUCAAUGUCCACCUUUGAGAGCCUUGAAAUCGGAGAGCAAUAGAGGCUUCACUUGCAAUAUUGGAGAAGUUUUGAACAUGGAUACUAAUGAUGUACCUAGAUGCUUACAUUGUCCUGCUGGUACAUUUGCUGGCUUAAAACAAAAACAAUGUACGUACUGCGCAAGAGGUUUCUAUCAGAACAGAGACAGACAAGGUUCCUGCCUGAGAUGCCCUCAAGGUACCUACACAAAAGAACAAGGUUCCAAGAGCGUCCACGAUUGCGUCCCAGUUUGCGGUUACGGUACCUACUCGCCAACAGGCAUGGUACCAUGUCUCGAGUGUCCGAGAAACAGCUUCUCCAGCGAACCGCCAACUGGAGGUUUCAAAGAUUGCCAAGCUUGUCCUGCCAACACUUACACCUAUCAGCCUUCGGCAGCUAGGAAAGAUUUGUGCAAACCCAAGUGCAGCCCUGGACAAUAUUCUCCAACAGGCUUAGCACCUUGUUCGUUGUGUCCCAAAGAUUUCUACCAAUCGGUUCCUGGACAAACAAGCUGCAACGAAUGUCCGAGCAAUAUGAAAACUGAAGGACCUGGAGCGAUGGGUAGGGAUGAAUGCCAUCAGAUACAAUGCACUGAAAACGCUUGUCAGCAUGGAGGUUUGUGUAUCCCGAUGGGACAUGGUAUUCAGUGCUUCUGUCCGGCAGGAUUUUCAGGAAGACGUUGUGAAAUUGAUAUUGAUGAAUGUGCUUCUCAACCAUGUUAUAAUGGUGCUACUUGUAUAGAUUUACCCCAAGGAUACAGAUGCCAAUGCCCGCCAGGUUAUUCAGGAAUAAAUUGCCAAGAAGAAAGAUCAGAUUGCUCUAACAAUACUUGUCCUGCUAGAGCUAUGUGCAAAGAUGAGCCAGGCUACAAAAACCACACUUGCCUAUGUAGAUCUGGAUAUACAGGAGUUGAUUGUGAUGUCACUAUUGAUCCGUGCAUAGCCAACGGUAAUCCAUGUAACAAUGGUGCAACUUGCAUUGCCCUAGAACAAGGCAGAUUUAUGUGCGAAUGUUUGCCAGGAUGGGAAGGCCAGACUUGUGAAAUGAACGUGGACGAUUGCGCCGAAAAACCUUGCUUAUUGAACGCUAACUGUACCGAUCUUGUUGAUGAUUUCAGUUGCUCAUGUCCGUCAGGAUUUACUGGUAAAAGAUGUCAAGAAAAAAUCGAUUUGUGCAGCAGAAAUCCAUGUAAAAAUGGUGUUUGUGUGGAUAAACUGUUCUACCACGAAUGCGUGUGUCAGCCUGGUUGGACCGGAGAGAAUUGUGAAGUGAAUAUUAACGAUUGCCAAGCUAAUCCUUGCGAGAAUGGUGGUCAUUGUACGGAUUUGGUUGACGAUUAUGUUUGUACAUGUGAAGCAGGAUUUACUGGUAAACGUUGUCAACACACUAUAGACUUUUGCUCAUCAAAACCUUGCCAAAACGGUGCAUCAUGCACCGACCUAGUUGACGGGUUUAGCUGUAAAUGUAGACCAGGCUAUGUGGGUCUUCAAUGCGAAGCUGAAAUAGACGAAUGUCUAAGUGAUCCUUGCAAUCCUGUGGGAACAGAAAAAUGCGUCGAUUUGGACAACAAAUUCUAUUGCAUGUGCAGAGAAGGUUACAGUGGAAAAAUGUGUGAAGAAAAUAUUGACGAUUGCAAUAGUGAUCCUUGCCUCAACGGAGGUUCUUGUAGAGACGAAGUAGGUGGCUACAAGUGUAUUUGUCAACCCGGCUGGACUGGAGCUAAUUGUGAAUCCGAUAUUGGCAACUGCCAAACUACGCCUUGCCAGAACGAUGCCAAAUGUAUCAACUUAUUCCAAGACUACUUCUGUGUUUGUCCAUCCGGUACUGAUGGUAAACAAUGUGAAACCGCUCCAGAAAGAUGCAUUGGUAACCCAUGCAUGCACGGUGGAAAAUGCAAAGACUUUGGUUCAGGUCUCAACUGUUCUUGCAGCGAAGGCUUUACAGGAAUCGGUUGCCAAUACGAGUACGACGCGUGCCAAUCCAACGCCUGUAAAAAUGGAGCUACAUGCAGCAAUGAUAUGUUUGGAUUCAAGUGCGUUUGUCCACCAGGAUUUACCGGAAAGUAUUGUGAAGAAGAUAUGAUUGAUUGUAAAGAGAAUUCGUGUCCACCAAGUGCUACUUGUAUUGAUUUGACUGGAAAGUUCUAUUGUCAGUGUCCAUUCAAUUUGACUGGAGAGGAUUGUAGAAAAACAAUUACUGUGGAUUAUGAUCUGUACUUCAGCGAUGCCAGCCGAAGCUCAGCGUCACAAGUAAUUCCUUUCUAUACUGCCUCACCAUCUAGUCUCACAAUUGCCAUGUGGAUUCAGUUUACCCAGAAAGAUGAAAAUGGCAUUUUCUUUACUUUGUAUAGUGUGAGCUCAAAGCAUGUGCCAACCAACAGAAGACCCAUAAUCCAAGCUCACUCCAAUGGAGUCCAGGUAUCCAUUUUCCCAGAUCUACAAGACGUCUACCUAAGCUACAGAGACUAUACCACUGUAAAUGACGCUCAAUGGCAUCACAUAGCUAUUGUUUGGGAUGGUGAUAACGGCGGAGAAUUGAAAUUGAUUACUGAAGGACUUAUUGCCAGCAAAAUCGAAGGAUAUGGUGGCGGCAGAAAGUUACCUGAAUAUGCUUGGGUGACCCUGGGCCGACCUCAGUCAGGCAAUCCGAAAGCCUAUACAGAAUCUGGAUUCCAAGGACACCUAACCAAAGUGCAAAUAUGGAACAGAGCUCUUGAUGUUACUACUGAAAUUCAAAAACAAGUUAGAGACUGCAGAACAGAACCUGUAUUAUACAGAGGGCUAAUUUUGACAUGGGCUGGUUAUGAAGACACUGUAGGAGGUGUUGAGCGUGUUGUACCGUCCCAUUGCGGCCAAAGAAACUGUCCUCCCGGUUACGUAGGCGCCAAAUGCCAAGAACUAGAAGUUGACAAGAUUCCACCCAAAGUCGAAUAUUGUCCUGGAGAUUUGUGGAUUAUCACCAAAAACGGUUCAGCUCUGGUUGUGUGGGACGAGCCUCACUUUAGCGACAACGUCGGCGUUGUUAGCGUACAAGAAAAGAGUGGACACCGACCUGGCCAAACUUUACUGUGGGGCGUUUAUCAAAUUGCCUAUGUAGCCAGUGAUGAAGCCGGAAAUACUGCCACUUGCACCUUCAAAGUGUCAGUACUAUCCGAAUUUUGUCCAGAACUUCCCGAUCCCAUUGGGGGCUAUCAAACGUGCAAAGACUGGGGCGCCGGAGGCCAAUUUAAAGUUUGCGAAAUUGGAUGUAAUUCGGGCUUGAAAUUCUCCCAAGAUAUUCCUAAAUUCUACACUUGCGGCGCUGAAGGUUUCUGGAGACCGACAGUUGAUUCUAGUUUGCCACUCGUGUAUCCAGCUUGUUCAACAUACAAGGCAGCUCAAAGGGUAUUUAGAAUUAACAUGCUUUUCCCAAGUUCGGUACUUUGUAAUGAAGCCGGACAAGGAGUAUUGAGGCAAAGAGUUCGAAACGCCGUUAAUACACUUAACAGGGACUGGAACUUCUGUUCCUUCUCAGUCGAAGGUACUCGGGAAUGCAAAGACCUCAACAUUGAUGUUAAAUGCGAUCAUAGAUCCAAAAGGCAAACAAGACAAGUUAAUGAUGAUGAAGAUGAAAGUACAUAUGUGAUUGAUGCUAGUGUUCCUGUAGACAAACAAGACAGACAGGGCCGUCAAUCAACCAGCGAUACCUACAACAUCGAAAUCGCUUUCCCAGCAUUGAAUGAUCCAGUGGCACAUUCAAAUACAAACGAAAGAUCAUCAGUCAGGGAUCUUUUGGAAAAACUCAUUCUAGAAGAAGAUCAAUUCGAUGUCAGAGAUAUUUUACCCAACACUGUCCCUGAUCCAUCCUCACUGGAACUUGAAUCUGACUAUGCUUGUCCUGUAGGUCAAGUAGUUGUAGCUCCUGAUUGCGUCCCAUGUGCGAUUGGAACCUAUUACCAAAAAGAUACAAAGACAUGCUCGCCAUGUCCAAAAGGAGCCUAUCAAAGCGAAGCAGGGCAAAGUCAGUGCAUUCAGUGUCCGGUAAUCGCUGGAAGACCCGGAGUUACUGUCGGAUUGGGAGCUAGAAGUGCUGCAGACUGCAAAGAACGUUGUCCAUCCGGUAAAUUCUACGACCACGAUGCCGGUUUAUGUAGAUCAUGCGGUCACGGGUUCUAUCAACCAUUAGAAGGCUCAUUUGGUUGCAAGAUUUGCGGACUUGGAAAGACCACAAGAACUAACGAGGCUGUAUCAAUUAAAGAGUGUCGAGAUGAAUGUGGAAAUGGACAGCAACUUGGACAAGAUGGCCGGUGCGAAUCUUGUCCUAGAGGAACUUAUAGAACCCAAGGUAUUCAAGCUGCUUGUAUCGGAUGUCCACUCGGUAGAACCACACCAAAAUCUGGUGCAAUCACUAUUGAGGAAUGUUCACUUCCAGUGUGUUCUGCAGGUACCUACUUGAACGGUACUUUAAACAGUUGUAUUCCAUGCAAGAGGGGAUUUUAUCAGUCAGAAUCUCAACAGACUACAUGUAUUCCUUGCCCGCCCAAUACUAGUACGAAAACUACGGCAUCUAAAUCCAAAUCUGAGUGUACCAAUCCUUGUGAGAUGAACGGCCAAGAGAUGCACUGUGACAUUAACGCCUACUGUCUCCUCAUACCCGAAACCAGCGACUUUAAAUGCGAAUGUAAACCAGGCUUUAAUGGUACUGGUAAAGAAUGUAUUGACGUAUGCGAUGGUUACUGUGAAAACGAGGGUGCAUGUGUUAAGGAUGUAACUGGUGCGCCAUCAUGCAGAUGUAUCGGAAGCUUCACUGGAAAGCAUUGCAGUGAAAAAUCCGAGUUCGCUUACAUUGCUGGCGGUAUUGCUGCAUCUGUGAUACUUAUUAUUUUUAUUGUUUUGCUUAUAUGGAUGAUUUGUGCAAGAGCAAAUCGUCGUAAAGAACCCAAAAAGCUCCUCAGUCCAGCCACUGACGCCAAUGGUUCUCAAGUGAACUUCUAUUACGGAGCUCCAACUCCCUAUGCAGAAUCAAUAGCUCCAUCUCACCAUUCCACAUACGCGCAUUACUAUGAUGAUGAAGAAGAUGGAUGGGAAAUGCCCAAUUUUUACAAUGAAACUUACAUGAAGGAAGGUUUACAUAAUGGCGUCAACGGUGGAAAAAUGAACAGUUUGGCCAGGAGUAAUGCUAGUCUUUAUGGGACAAAAGAUGAUUUGUAUGAUAGACUGAAGAGGCAUGCAUACCCAGGGAAGAAAGAAAAAAGUGACAGUGAUAGUGAAGCAGGCCAAUGAAUCUAAGCCUAAUUGAUUGAUAAUGCUCAAAAGGAAGCACCAAGAUUUGUAUGUAGAUUUAUUCAGUCGCACUCUUAGUUAAUUAAAUUAACAAGGAAAUUUUUUUAUUAGUUAUUAAAUUAUUUCCUUAUAAAUGUGCAACGACAAAGAAGCUUUACAUUUCGCAAUUAUAGUUUUGAAGGAUGGGCCCAAUAGUGAAAAUAAUUGAAUUUUCAUUAUUGGGCCAGUUUUAGAAUAGGCUGAGGAAAUUUCACAUUUACAUCUGCAAUUUUCUCAAAAUGUAAAGACGUUUCUCAACAACGAUUUUUUUAAUUGAAAUAUUAUAUGUAUUUUAGAUUAACUGUGUAAAAAGUAAUUAGAUUAUACUAAUUUUAAUUAUGUAAUUAAGGAGUUAAUAUUAUUUAUUUUUAUAGAUUUUUGUACCUUUUUUUUACCUUAUCAACAUGCAAUCAAAAUAUAAAAGACUUUUCGCGUUGACAAUAAUUACUUAUUCCAAUUGAUUGUUAUUGAAUUGUAUUUUUAUGUAAUUAUAAAAGUAUAUUGAAUUAAUACAUACAUACAUAAUUCUAUUUAAUUGAAAAAUGCUGAAUGCAAGUUAGUAUGAGUGUUAUUUUUGUGUUAAGGUAUGACUGAUUCAAGAGAUUUAUAAGAAAAUAAAAUAAAAAUAAUAGAACUUUGCGUUUGAUUUGAUAAUAGAAGCCUAGGGUACCUAUGUACCUGAAAUUUGUUGCACUUACCUAACUAUGAUUUGUUUUUUGUUACUACAAUCCAUGGUACCACUGCCUCUGGAGUAGAAACAACUUGGUUUUCAGAACAGAAGGUCCCUCUUCAUUUUGAACACUGUAAUGAGCUGCAAGAGGCAUUUAUGCUGAGUCGACACAAAGCUUCUGAUCUAGCACAGAUGAAAUCACUCUUUAUAUUGAGCUGCAUACUACACCAAGAUCUGAUUGGAUGAGCU